AUGUUCCACCAGGUCAGGGUGUGGUCUAUCGACGGGCAGGCUUUCCGCUUUCUCUGGUAUGAACCUGGUUCAUCACAACCACCAGACGUCUACCAGAUGGAUGUCCAUUUUUUUGGCGCCGCCUCUUCCCCAUCAGUGUGCUCGAACGCGCUACAACAGGCGGUGAAAGACUACGGUGACGACCAUCUUCUCAAACAAAUCACGAAACACUUCUAUGUCGACAACUGGUUGGCAUCCUUUUCGACGGCAGCAGAGGCCCUAUCUACCGCUCACCGUUUGACCGAAACGUUGAAAGCCGGUGGAUUUCCGCUCACUCAAUGGGCGAUGUCAAACAACGCCGUCCGCCAAUCACUACCUGGACAACGGCUAGAGGGUGCAGUCGUCAAUAUGGAUCUUGAUGCCAAGCCGAUUGAAAGGACGCUCGGUUUAGUGUGGAUUUUCAGCCGUGAUGCCUUCAUCCUAGGUGCUUCCGUACUUACCGAUGGCCGAACCAAGCGUGACAUUAUGAAGGCCAUUUCCAGCAUCUUCGAUCCACUUGGUUUCCUGUCACCCAUAUUGUUCCAAGCGAAAUUUCUGAUACAGGAUAUCUGGCGCCCAAAAUUCGAUUGGGAUUUCGAAUUGGACCAAAAUCUAAUCGACCGUUGGAUCCACUGGGCGAAUUCUCUUCCACUGCUCAACGGUCUUGUCUUAGAUCGCUGUAUUUCACCGACAGGAAAGGAUGCUUCGACAAUAGAACUUCACGUUUUUGGUGACGCAUCAGAGAUGGGUUUCGGAGCCGUUUGCUACGCCCGCUUCGUCCACCCUAAUGGUACGGCAGAUAUCAGCAUUCUUCUUUCAAAAUCACGGCUAGCACCGUUGAAGUUUAUGACCAUCCCGCGUCUUGAGCUAAAUGCUGUCGUCUUAGCUGCUCGCCUGGCUGUUCAGGCGAAAGAAGAACACGACAUCAUUUUUCGUAAAACCAUCUAUUGGUCUGACUCGAGCACCGUCCUGAGUUGGAUCAAGUCUCGUUCUUGUCGCAUCAAUGUUUACGUUGGUAACCGCAUUGGGGAGAUCCUCGAGUCCUCUUCUUCAACUGAAUGGAAUUAUGUCCCAAGCUUCAUCAACCCAGCUGAUGAUGCAAGUAGGGGUCUCACCGCCGCUGAAUUCGACAUCCGACACCGUUGGUUUUCUGGCCCGAAGUUUCUAAAAGUGUUAACCAACUGGCCUUGCCUUCCAUCUCUACCGCCAUUGGAAGCGGAUGAUCCAGAAGUUCGCGAGGCAACAUGGGUCGGUCAGGUCCAAUUACCAGACAACGAGAUUGAUCAGCUUAUUGCAAGAAAAUCGCGAGUUCACAUCGUCAUCCGUAUCGUCGCUUACAUGCUCCGAUUUAUCGCAAACGCGCGAACAUAG